UAUCUUAAGUUUGCAAACUUUAAUGGAUUUUUACGAAUAAUCUUUGUUCUUGCUUUUAUACAUAUAUAAUCUUCAUUCCAUUGAAUAUAAAAAUUAAAUGAGUAAUACAUUAGGUGCUUUUUUCCUAAAACGAAAGAUUUUAAAUGAGACUUUAAUUGAGUCUUCGAAGAACACCCAAGAAUCGCCACGAAUGAAGCAGUUCCAUGAGAAACUUAAAUUGCAACCGAUACCAAAAAUAGGACCGCGGGAAAGGUUCGUGGAUUUAGUAUUAGUGGAAACUGACCCCAGAACUGGAGAACUGAUAACAAAUAGUGAGAAAGAUCCUACUAAAUGGGGAGACUGGCAGCAUGGUGGCAGAGUCAGUGAUUUUUGAAACGAAAACACCGUAUAUAUUUUUUGAUGUAGUUUCUAUAAAUAUAUUUAAAGAACUCCAAAGAAU